AUGCCUCCAAAUGAAUUAAAUAAAAAAGAAAAAAAAAUUGAUAAAAUUGAUAACAAACAUAUUGAAAUUAUAGAUAAUCCUAAAAAUGAUUAAUUACAAGAUAAAUUAAAUAUCAUUUAGCCAUCCCAUACUACAAUCAAUCUCACUGAAAUAUCUAUGUAAAUUUUAAUAUUUAAAUUUAAGGAAAGUUCCAGAAAAAUUAGUAAAUUCUAAUGACAAAUUAGAAAUUGUUAAAUUGUAAUCUAAUUAAAAUAAAGGACUAUUUUCUCUUAUUUGGAAACAGAGAUCAGAUGGUAUUAAACCUUAUUGUGAUGAAUAUACCUAUGAAGAUUUUAAGACUUAAGCUCCCUUAUUUUUUAUACAAUUUUUUGAAACCUGUAUCUUUGAAUGUCAAAGUUAAAAUGAUAUUAAGUAAUUAUUCAAAUUAAUUUAGAUUUGAAAUACAAGGUUAAGAUAUUGCUGAAAGAAUUAAAGUCAUUAAAGAAAUCUUGGAAAAAAAUGAUUAGGAUAAAAACAUUUGUCAAAUCUAAAAAUGA